GCGGGCAACCUGGCUCGUUCCCCCGUGGUGGUGGGUGGAAACGGCAGUGGCAGCGGUGGAGGCAGUGGGGGUGGUACUGGGAGUAAUAACGGUGGUACAGGGGCUAACAAUGGUGGUGUACGUAAUCCACCCGUUGUCGAUGGUGCACAAGCGAGGGCAAUACUUGAAGUAUGGGAGGAAGCAGAUGGAUACUCAUUCGAGGAUUCAGAUAGAUUUGAGGAGGACUCGCUGUGCAGCUGGAGCAGCGAGGCCGAAUCACUCAUCAACAACUGGCGGGGAUGGAGACGACCGCCUGCUGGCUUUGGACUGUCGAAGAAACCGUCCGAAGAAGGCCAACAAGUGCCAACGCUAUGCGAGCUGUCUGCCCGCUGCGUGGCAUCUCACAUUCCCUUCGAGCUCGUCGAGCACGUCUACCCCCCAGUUCCCGAGCAACUCCAACUCAGGAUAGCCUUCUGGAGUUUUCCCGACAACGAAGAGGACAUCAGACUCUACUCGUGCUUAGCAAACGGAAGUGCCGACGAGUUUCAACGGGGGGAACACCUCUUUCGCGGUCGAAGUGUCAAAGAACCUUUACAGAUCGGGUUUCACUUGAGCGCGAGUGUCAAUGUCCAGGGUUUUUCCGGGACCGGGGGUGAUCGCACCCAGUGUAAAGUCGCGGUAACCUUCGAUCGUCGUCGCAUAAUCUCGUGUAACUGCACGUGUCCAUCAACCGCUUAUUGGUGUUCACACGUAGUGGCAGUAUGUCUCCACCGAAUUCACAUGCCCACCCAGGUCUGCCUACGGGCGCCGGUGAGCGAGUCUCUUUCGCGUCUCCACCGCGAACAACUCCAAAAAUUCGCGCAGUAUCUCAUCAGCGAACUGCCACAGCAGAUUUUACCAACGGCACAACGUCUUCUUGACGAAUUACUGUCUGCUCAGCCGAGCGCCAUCAACAGCUACUGCGGUGCGCCAGAUCCCACCGCAGGUGCCUCGGCUCACGACCAGACCUCCUGGUACCUUGACGAAAAAACCCUUCACGGUAACAUCAAACGAAUCCUCAUAAAAUUCUGUGUCCCCGCGCCCAUCGUCUUCAGCGACGUGAAUUACCUCAGCACGACAGCUCCACCCGCGGCCACCGAAUGGUCCUCCCUCCUUCGUCCUUUACGCGGUCGCGAGCCCGAGGGCAUGUGGAACCUUCUUUCGAUUGUUCGCGAGAUGUUCAAGCGCACUGAUCGCAAUGCGAUACCAUUACUGGAGAUUAUCACUGAGGAGUGCAUGGCUUGUGAGCAGUUCUUGGUGUGGUGGUUCAACACCAAAGUGGCACUUCUCAAUGGCACAGGCCAUGGCGGUGGCAAACACGGCAGCAUGAACAGCAAUGCCCAUGCUUCUCAACACGCCUGCUCCUCUCUGUGCGACGAGAUCGUCGUCCUGUGGAGACUGGCAGCUUUGAACCCUGGGUUAUCGCCUUCUGAACGUGAAAUGCUUCACGGACAGUUCACAGCGUGGCACAUGAAGGUUGUUGACAAGGUGACGAAGAGCCGAGGGAGUUCAGUGAGCCACAAUACCCAGAACAGAAAUCAUGGAGGUGCGCAGAAAGACUCCUUGAAGACCGAUAUCGAUGUCUUUACUGGGUUCAAGCCGGCCUUGGAGGCUUGUUAUCUGGACUGGGAUGAGUACACCCUUCCCGGCAUUACGUACACAGCUGGUAGCAAUCCCAUGUACCACUGUCCGUUCACCUGCUUCCGUCACGCUGGCGACAGCCGAACAGAGGUCAAUCAGGUCAACUCCUCGGCUGCUGUUCUCAACUGUCAAGUUCCAAAUUCUCAUCAUCACAGCAGGCGUCCUCACAUGGGACUCGUGGAAUUCAGUUACAUGGACAGAAAGUGCCUAAACUCCCGAGAAUUUCCCGGUUUCUCCUCAAGAAAUCCUAACAAUGCGCCGGGACCAAGCAGCGGUGCCAAUAACGCUAGUGGUGGACGCGAUGGAAAUCGAUCGAGUGUGAGCUCCGAAGGCUUCUGUGAAAACGACGGCGACAUGUUCCCACUACCACCACCAGUUGUUCUAGUGCGACGAGGCUAUGGUGAACUGAAUAACUGCGGUGACACUGACUCACAGGAAGGUGGUGGAAGUGAUCUAUCGUCCAACAGCAAUUCAAGUUUGAAAAACGCUCAAGAUUCAGAUAAGCAUCGCUCAAACGCCUCGUUCAGUGAUAGUAGUGAUAGUAGUAAUAAUAUUGAAGGUGUACCGAGUACUUCCAACACUCUACCGAAAGCGUCUACAUCGAAAGACACGAAGGAUCCAUCCAGGCGGCCCUCGAAAGACGAAUCGUCAUCGUCCAGCUCAGACAGCCCAUCAGGGGAUGAGUACAAUUUCUAUUACUACGACCCGAAGGCGGCUGCCAGCAUCAACGCGACUGAUGGAAAAGAGUCUAAAGCUGAGAACCAGGGGAGUGCGAACGCCAGUGCAGUCCUUGGUAAUCUCAAGCAGACAGAGGAUCCGUGGGAUGUCUUGUUUGCAAGGGCAGAGGGACUUUACGCUCACGGCCACACGAGGGAGGCUUGCAUCCUCGGGGUGCAGUUAGCGGAAGAACUUUUGUCUCAUCCACCUGAUUUAAUGGUUGAAGUGCCACCUGUUCCCGUGAAAUCUAAGAGAAAGAAACAACCGGUUAAUCCUGCCUCUCAUCAGCUGACUUGUUUGGCUUCAGCCACUCUGGCCAAAUGCGGUUUUCUCUGCACAGUUCUAGCUGAGAAUCCUGAGCAUCAUAAUCUAGCGUUCAGGGUGGGUCUCUUUGGACUGGAGAUGGCCAGACCUCCAGCCAGUACUAAACCACUGGAGGUUAAGCUCGCGCAUCAGGAGAGCGAACUCGUUGGACUGCUCAAGAGAAUUCCACUAGGUCCUGCUGAGCUCUCAAUGCUUCGCCAGAGGGCAGAACAACUCAGAGAUGGAGUGCUCAGGUCUCGGGGACAUGCACUCCUACCCAUAAUGCUCGCCAGCUUGAUAUUUGAUGCUUUCAAUACACCCAGAUUAAAGGGCGACUGGUCUGUCCUGACGAAUGAUAAUGACGAGAACCUUGGAUUUGACGCUGCUGUUGCUGCACUAGGAUUAAAGGCUAAUGUCAGCGAGGCGGAUCAUCCUUUACUUUGCGAGGGCACUAGGAGACAGAGGGGAGAUCUGGCGAUCACUCUUCUGGUUCAUUACAAGGACGAACCAACAAAAUUAGCCAAGAUAAUGGAUAAAUUGCUGGAUCGAGAGGUCCAUCAGUUGAUUAAAUCACCAAUUGUUAGUAGCUAUUAUAGCUCUAAUCCUCCAACUACGAGCCAGUUGGCCGUAUUCAGACGAGCAAAAGCGUGCUCCUCACCCCUAUCAUCGAACGACGCAACAAUGUCAGACAACCUAGCCGGCACAAGUUCACGCCCCCACAGUAGUACAAGUGCCGAGCUCGAAACUGGUAUGAGUGCACUGACAGUGCAGCCUCAGCCAGCCCAACCCCCCCUGUCAACCCGAACAAAGGAAACGAGGUUAGGCAGGUACAAAAGCAAGAAGGUGUACCCAUCGAUACCAAAUCAACCCUCAGAGGCUGGUGCGCACUUUAUGUGUGAACUAGCGAAGACUGUUUUACUGAAGGCAGGUGGUACCUCCUCGACAUCCCUCUUCACCCAGGCAUCAACCAGCCAGAAUCACCAUGGACCCCACAGAGCCCUCCACAUGUGUGCCUUCCAGAUAGGUCUCUACGCGCUGGGACUUCACAACUGCGUAAGCCCAAAUUGGCUGAGCAGAACAUAUUCCUCCCACGUGUCCUGGAUAACAGGCCAAGCGAUGGAGAUAGGUGCCCCAGCCAUAUGGUUCUUGAUCGACAGUUGGGAGGGCCACCUGACGCCACCAGAGGCAGUCAGCAUUGCUGACAAAUCCUCACGAGGCAGUGACCCCAACAUGGUGCGAGCAGCAGCAGAGCUAGCACUCUCCUGUCUGCCCCACGCCCACGCCCUCAACCCCAACGAGAUCCAACGAGCAAUCCUCCAGUGCAAAGAGCAAAGUGAGGUCAUGCUGGAGAAGGCCUGCAUAACCGUUGAAAAUACAGCUAAAGGCGGUGGGGUGUACCCAGAAGUUCUCUUCCAAGUAGCGAAAUACUGGUACGAGCUGUACCUGAGGCACACACCAGGUGGAGAGCAGCAGGACGAGAUUCCCCACGAGAAUCUCCAGUUGGACCCCAAUGGAGGACUGCUAGUGGAGCCAGGGCCACCACAGGUGGACCUGAGUGCCAGUCAGAUGAUGCCUCAGCCCCAGGCUGUUGUCACCAGUGCCCAGCCACCGCAACCCUAUCCACCCCAUCCCACGAUUACUACUCUGGUCCCAGGUGUUGGAUUACCGUAUCCAGUGGGACCUUACAGUUUCGUUCAUCCUCUCCACUCUAUGCCCACCUUCGGUGGUCCCCUGCCACCUCACAGGGUAGCACUGCCCCCUCCGCCUCACAUGCAGAUGUAUCACGCUGCAAUAUCCCCUCAUCCCCCUCAUCCUGGCCACCCUCAGCACCCCAGGCAUCCACCGCCUGUCACUCAGCCACCAUCGGUUCAGCAGUACUAUGCUCAGCCAACUGUGACCACUGUCAAUGUCCAUCCGGGCCCUGGCACCCACCACAUGUUCACAAUGCAGCAACCAAUGCCUGUUAAUGUCCAGCCUGAUCAGUGUGGCCACAAUGGAAUGCCUCAGAUGGUCCAGCCCCAGCCCAUCAUGAGCACAGUCAGGCCUCAGCCGCAGGUACAUCGACAGAGCCCUCACCAAAUGCGGGCACUCGUGGCUGCCUGGAGGGUCGGCAUGCUUGCACUUGACACUCUAGGUAGACGGGUGCAUGACGACAGACCCCAGGCCAAAUACGCCAGAAAUCCACCCUAUGGGGAGGACGUCAAGUGGCUGCUGAGGAUCUCUAAACGAUUAGGGACUCAGUGCUUCCAUCAUCUGUGCGUGUGCACAGUUCAGAGCAUUGUCAGUCCGUUUGUACUGCAUGAUGUCGCGUUGGAAGCCGCUAACUAUCUUUCAAGGAGUAAUCCAGCGUUAUUCAUACAGAAUCUUAGGUCUACGGUACUGGCACCGCUGGUGCACAAGUGCCAGCAGAUGUACAUUCAGUGUCUUCAUCAUAAGUUGUAUCAUCUUAUGUCCGGGGAGUAUGAGGAGUUUGCUAGUGUUGUUUGCGCAGCUAGGGCGGCCUUCCAUAUCACCCCGGAGGGACACACGCAGUUUAAGGAGUGGCUGCAGUCUAUGAAAAGAUCUCCCGCCUGUAACAAAGAAUUAUGGGCUCAAAUAAAUGCAGCACUCCAGGUAAAUGGCAAAUGACACAGAGCAGAGCCAGGCGUGACGUGGCUCACAUCUCAUCCCCACCCAUCACCUCAUUCCCAAGAAACACCGGCAGCAUUACAUCCACAUCAGGCCCUUAUGAUACAGCAUCAGCAUAUUAUGGCCACUUUGAAGAAUUUCGCCUGGGAUAAGAUCACGAUACCGUGUAUUAUAGAUGGACAGUAUCAGCACAGAUUGACCAAUCGUCCAUCAUUACCAUCACAAGUAGCUAUGUUACAGCGUGAUCCUGGUAAUGUUUCAAGUGAGACAUUGGAUAAUAGAGAAGAAUGCAGUUGAUUACGAUAAGUCUGUCCAUUGACUAAUCAAUUGCUAUUUUUCAUUGUUUUUAUGUCAUUUUUCUUUGGGCCUUGACACAUUUUCUAUGCACAAUUUUUACCAAAUUUUUGCCUCUUGCGUGGACAAUUCGUCGAUUCAUUCUCAAUCGUCUGAAUUUAAUGUCACAUUAGCACUUAGGUAAAUAUGUAACACAUGUUUCAAGAGGUAAAAAUCGUAGAGGUAAAAAUAAUGAGAAAGGAGAUGACAUCAAGGUCUAAGCGAAAUUGAAAGAAAAUCCCUCGUCAGGUAUGAAAAGAGAAAAGAAAGGAAAAAUGGAAAAAAAAUUGUAAUCUUGAUUUUUUUUUCGAUGUAAUCUUCUCUUCGUUUACUAUAUGCGAAUUGUAAAUCAAACGAAUGAAUACACGAGCCAAACACGAAUUCCAAUAAUCAAUCGUGGAAUUUUAUGAGAAAAUUAUAUAUAUAAUCGAUUAUCAUAAUGCAUCAGAAUGACUCAUUUUUUUCGUAAUAGAAGGAAUAAUAAACUUCGUUAGCCUCGAAUAGAUAGUAAAUUUUAUUUCGACUAUAGAUAGGAUGAAUUUUUCACGCAUCUCGUUUCAAAUAUUUUUCUCUCUUUCUCUCUCUAUAUAUUUUUUUGUUUCGAUUUUUGUGACAAAAGAAUUUAGUAAUGAAAGUACUAUUUAUGUAGCGAACAAUAUUACUGAUGAGAAGAAUGCCACACGUGUGAGAACACAUACAUCAAAGAUAAAGCAAACAUUUACUCGAAUAAUUACAUCGAAAUUUUUAUAUGAAUUGAACAAAUAAUGUGAAAGAAAUUAAUAUGAAUCGAUUACUAUUUUUUUUUGUUUCGUUUCAGUUUUAUUUUUACCAUUUGUGUAAACUUUUUCUCUUAUUUUCAGCAAUCAUGAAGAACUAAUAGAUUGUUUUUUUUUAUUUAACGCACAACAUUGUAUCCAUCACAUAUUUUCUGUUCUGUCAUUCCCAACACCAAUCAUCCAUCAAGGAAAUGAUCUCUUUACUUAUUAAUUCUAUAUUAUUUUGAUUUUGAUUUAAAUAAAAAACGUAAUGGAAAAAUAA